GGGUUGUUUAUUUUGUUUUUGGAGUUCCUUUGAAGGGAUUUUAUUGUUUGUUUGUUGAUUUUUCUUUGUUAAUAUGAUUUGUGGGUGCCUAAAAAUAUCAUUUCUUCUCAUUAUGAGGCUUUCAAGCAUUAUUUUUUUACCCUUUUUGUUGUUAAUUCUUGUUACUUUAUAAGAAAGGGUGAAAAUAUGCAAACUUUAAAAGCCUAGAAUUUUACAUUAUCUUUUAAUUUCCUAAUCUUCUUCCUUUUAAUUUCCUAAUCUUCUUCUUGUUCUUGUUCUUUUAAUUUCAGGCUGCACCCUCCUUUGCUAAGUGUAUGAUUUGCCGUCUUCUAUCCCUCCCAGACCCAAAUUAUAGCUUUUAUGAGCUAUUGCGUUAGUUCCUAUCAUUGCUUAUUACUAAGUGAUAUUUUGUGGAUAGUAGGAACAUCUUAUCAGAAGUAGCUCAAGGCACAUCUCCUUUCAUGAAGCCUUCACAAAUGUCAUCUCCCUCGUCCAUUCUGACUACUCGGAAGCUCAGAGUGACAGGGUCGUGUUCUAGUUCGACUGCCUCUCCGACUUCUUUGAGCAGGACACAGAUGAAAAGAAGUCCUAAAGUGCUCGAGCGUGGAUCACAGAGAACCCCAAUAACCAAGAAGCAUACUGCGAGCAAAUUAUCUGAGCUAGAAUCUCAGCUUUCUCAGCUCAAAACUGAGAUCGAGAGGUCAAAAGACGAGCUAAGUUCAUCGGAGGCACUCACGCUGCAAGCUCAAAAGGAGGCCGAGGAUACAAAAGAACAGCUUUUAGUCAUGUCAGUAAGGCUCAAAGAGUCUGAACACCAUCUGAUGGUGCUUACGUUUUCUGAAGAUUCUCGAGUGAAUGAACUUCAUAAACUCUCCCAAGAACGAGACCAAGUUUGGCAGUCUGAGCUCGAGGCCAUCCAAAAGCAACACUCGAUGAACUCGAUGGCACUGGCAUCUGCCUUAAAAGAGAUCCAAAAGCUAAACAGACAGCUUGAAACGGUGGCAGAAAGUGAAGCUGCACACAGUAUGCGCGCAGAAUCAGCACACGUUGAGAUCGAAAAGUUGCACAUGGAGCUAUCAGAAGCAUUCUUGCUUGUCGAGAAUACGAGAAAACAGAUUAACGAGUGCAAAGAUUCUGAAUUUCACGCCAUGGAAAAGGCCCGAGAGUCCAAAAUGCAAAUUGAGGAAACGAUGAGAAGUGUCGAAAAUCUUCGUGUUGAAGGGCUGAAAGCGAAGGAAGAUUACAAUAGUUUGGUUUCAGAAUUGAAGCAAUCUAAAGGCGAAGCUGCUUCACUCGAGACCCUAGUUAAGGAACUCGAGAAAGAUUUGAAAAACAUGUCUCAAAAUUGGUUUGAUACGUCAGAAGAGACCGUCUCUAAGGAAGACCGCGAUGAUAUGGAAAAUGAAAACAAUGUGCUUGAAGUCGAAAUAGACUCUUUGAAACUUGAGAUCAGGCAGUUAAAUUCUGCAUUGGAAGCAUCCGAGCUAAGAUAUGUCGAGGAGUAUAUACAGAGCACAUUGCAAAUUAGAAGCACAUACGAUCAACUGGAGCGAGUAAAAUCAGAUUCUAGUGCUAAGGAAGCUGAAUACGAGGCAGAAGUGAAGAAAGCAAGAUAUGUUAUUGAAGAGCUAAAAGCCGAGAUGGUGACCAAGGAAACGAUGAUGAAGAAUAUGUCGGAGAAUAACAAAGAACUAACAAGCAAAAUCGAGGAAAUCAAGACUAGUCCAAAGGAAUAUGAACUCGAAGAGGAGCUUAAGAAGUUGAACGAAUACCUCGAGGAUCUUAAGGUGGAUUUGAUCGAUAAAGAAACACUUUUUCAGUACACCCACGAGGAGAAUGAGAUGUUACAAGAAGAGAUUCGGAAAAUAGAAAAGGCGAGAAGCCAGGCAAUGCAAGAGGCAGCGACUAAGGAAAGUGCACGUGUUUGUGCACAGCUAGAUGCAGCUCUAGCAGAAAAAGGCGAGCUAGAAGCUGAGUUAAGGCGAUUGAAGGUGCAAACCGAGCAAUGGAGGAAGGCAGCUGAAGCUGCGGUCAGUAUGCUUUCGUGUAAGGGCAAUAACGUAAAGUUGAUGGAUCGAUCAGUUUCGCUUAACUGUAGAUGUAAUAGUCUUGUUUGCAAGUCGGAUAGUCCACUUUCGGAUGAUUUCAAUGAUGAAUCAUCUAAGAAGAGAAAUGGGAAUGUAUUGAAGAAGAUUGGGGGGUUAUGGAAGAAUGGAUAGAACUAGGCUCGGGUUUUUCUGUCCAUGUCUGAUCAGGCUGCACAAAUGUCAUUAAUGAGUGUUUGUAUAGUUCAAGCCUAUAUAGAGUCAGAGUCAGAGUCAAGGUCAGAGUCAUCGAGCCCAUAUAAGCCCAUAUGAUUGAUUCAAAUCUUUUGUAUGUCAAUAUGCCUAAUACAUUCAUAUAAUGCCAUGUUUUACUUAAGCAAAUUAGCUCAAAUCUAUUGAGUGAGAUACUUAUAUUUUCA